AUGGACGUCGCAAAAAAGGCUCGUAAGGUGCAACGCACGCUUUUUACCAGAUGUUUGAACAGUUUCCAGGAGAAGUGCGAGAAUGCGAAUAUUUCGUUGGCCGAUCGUCACGUCGCAUUACAGUUACUUGAGUCGCGAUAUUCAGAUCUCGAAUCAACAAGUAAUAAGUACGUCGAGAUGAUUUUCGAGUCUGAGGCGAGUGAGGAUGAAAUAACGGCCGAAAUAGAAUCUCAUGAAGAAUACAAACUCAAGUUUUUACAAGCAAGAUCGAGACUGUUUAGUGUAGUGCCGGGAAAUGCUGCUUUUGCAGCGGCGGCGGCACCGAUUCUUAAUGAGCACGCGACUCCGCGAAACGAUAAACCGUUCAAGCGUCCAACGUUAGAAAUUCCGAAAUUUGGUGGCAGUGUCGAAAAGUGGUUACAGUUUUGGUCGCAUUUCCGAAAAAUUCACGAGGACAGAGCCAUUACUGAUGAGGAUAAAUUAGAGUACUUGAAACAGUCGAUGGAAAGGGGUUCUAAAGCUGAGAGCAUCGUCAGUGGUUAUCCGACAACAGCCGAAAAUUAUCAAAAGGCAUUUGACAGUUUAAAAAGCCGGUUUGGUCGUGACGAUUUGCUAAUUGAAUUUUAUACACGUGAACUGCUUUCGUUAGUUUUAAAUAACGCAUCCAAUCAUGGCAAAAAAGUUGAUGUGUCGUGUAUUUACGACAAGCUUUCGGCCCAUAUUCGUGCAUUGGAGACUCUAGGCGUUACAACGAAUAAUUGUGCGACGAUGCUUUAUCCUUUGGUAGAAUCCUCAUUACCUGAGGAAAUUUUACGAACUUGGCAACGAAGUGAAUCAAAUAGUGAAAAUGCAGCUGAUGGAGAAGAGAGGAUGGACCGACUUUCGAGGCUUCUACAAUUUCUAAGGAUAGAGGUAGAGAGUGAGGAGAGAAUCAAUAUGGCCAUGCAUGGUUUUGCCAUUAACGUCGAAUCAGGGAAAAAGAAGACGUCGAAGGACGAGUCUAGAAGCAGGACAUCAGUUCCAGAAUUGGCAACAGGUAGCGUUUUAUUUGCCAACGAGGAUAAGCGUAAGAAAUGUAUUUUUUGUAAUAAUGUUCACGAUAACGCGGCUUGCGAGAAAGCCAAGACAUUUUCGUAUGACACAAUUUGUAGCAUGAUUCGCGAAAAUAAUUGUUGUUUUAGGUGUUUGAAAGUUGGUCAUGCGGCGCGAAAAUGUAGAGUAAGAAUAAAUUGUUCAAAGUGUGGUAAACACCACUCGGCUCUUGUUUGUCAAGGUGACACUCGUGGCGCGGAUUCAAUGAACACGAGUAAAAAAGCAGAAUCAUUAAACGUGACUAAGGAACAGAAUCUUGCUAGUUUUUCUCGUUCGCCUGACGUAUAUAUGCAAACAAUACGUGUUGUUUUGUAUUCUGACUCAAAAGAAAAGGAAGCUAGAGUGGUCAUUGACAGUGGCUCGCACAGAUCUUAUAUUCGCUCUGAUGUAGCUAAGUUUUUAGGUUAUAAGCCUAUCGCAACUAAAGAAGUGACUCAUUCCUUGUUCGGGGGUUUAAAUACGGAAAGCCAGCAACAUAACAUUUUUUUAAUUCGAAUGAGAAAUCGCGACAAUCAAUACGCAUGCAAUUUUGAGGUUAUGGAUCAGCAAACUAUUUGUGAAAAUAUUCCUAGUGUAAAGAAAACGGGUUUUAUUGAGGAAUUAGAGAGAAAUAAUAUUUUGCUUUCCGAUUUAACACUAGAACAUGGAAAUUUAGAUAACUCUAUCGAUGUAUUGAUUGGUGCGGAUGUGGCAGGCAAACUUAUGACGGGGAACAAAUUUGAAAUGAGCAACGGUCUUGCGGCAUUUGAGACCAAAUUAGGUUGGGUUCUCAUGGGUAAAAAUCCGGCGGCCGAGCGAUCCGAUGCAGCCACUGUCGCGAUGUCGAUGUUUGUAAAAGAUGCAAAAAUUGCUGAUCUGUGGAGUCUUGAUAUUUUGGGUAUUAAAGAUCCAAUUGAAAAAACAAGUCAAAUAGAAAAAGAACAAAUUGUUGAAAACCAGUUUUUAAAAUCGGUAGUUUAUACAGAAGAAAAAAGAUAUUCGGUUGAUUUGCCUUGGAACGAUAAUCACGCACCUGUUUCUCAGAAUUUCGAAUUGUCUAAAAAGAGAUUGAAUAACACUGUUGCAAAAUUAAAACGAGAUGAUUUGUUUUUUCAGUACGAUCAAGUAUUUAAGGAAUGGCAAGACGAAGGAAUUAUUGAACCUGUAGUUGGUGAGUCGGGUUCCGCAUGUCAUUACCUACCUCAUCGCCCGGUAGUUAAAGAGGAAAGCACAACAAAAAUACGACCAGUAUUUGACGCAUCGGCAAAUGUCGCUGGUUUUCCCUCUUUGAAUCAAUGCCUUGAAAAAGGUCCGAAUUUAAUUGAGUUGAUUCCCGCGACUUUGUUAAGAUUUCGAGAACACGAGAUAGCUGUUUUGGCUGACAUUCGCAAGGCAUUCUUACAGAUCGGAAUAAAUGAACAGGAGCGCAACUAUUUGCGUUUUCUUUGGUUGGUUGACGAUGAAAUAAAAAUUUUUCGGCAUAGACGUGUAGUAUUUGGUUUAAAGUGUAGUCCGUUUUUGUUGGGAGCCGUUUUAAAAUUACACUUUUCGAAUUUGUUGCAAGCAGCAAAAGACGGUAAGGGGUCAUGGUCUUGUGAAAUUAUCGAAAAAUUAUCAAAAUCCUUUUACGUGGACAAUUGCACAACGAGUGUAGAAUCGAAAGAAAAAUUACAGGAUUUUAUAAAGUCGGCUAAAGAAAUGAUGGCACUCGGUAGUUUCGAUCUGAGAGAAUGGGAAUACACACGAGAUGACUCAGAUAAAGAAUCGACUUUAGUACUUGGUCUUUUGUUUAAUAAGAUACGCGACACGAUUUCAGUAAACCCAGCUUUAUUAAAAGAUGAAGGUGACACGGUAGUCACUAAACGCUCUAUUUUAUCGGUCGCACACAAGGUUUUUGAUCCAAUUGGUUUCACUUCGCCUGUAACUUUGUUGCCAAAACUGUUGUUAAAAAAUUUAUGGAAGCAAAAACUUGAUUGGGACGAUCCGGUAGAUAAGGACACGCAAAAGGCUUUUUUAAAUUGGAAAGAACAAUUGUCGUAUUUGGAAAAAAUUGAAGUAACGAGAAAAUUUGGCACUGGGGAUUUUUCGAUUCACACUUUUUGUGACGCAAGCAAAUCUGCUUAUGCGACAGUUACUUUUUUACGCGUAAAAGAUAGAGAAAGUGUGAAUUUAAUUUUUCUUGGUGCCAAAAGUCGAGUUGCCCCGGAUGGCAUGUCAAUUCCGCGUUUGGAAUUAUUGGCCGCGUCUAUAGGUGCUCGUCAAACUAAAGAGAUAGUAGAUGCUUUGGAUUAUUCUCAUGUCCCCAUUUUUUUUUGGUCAGAUUCGACCACCGUUUUGGCUUGGGUGAAGAGAGAUAUCCAAUGGGCCGUAUUCGUAUGGAAUAGAGUAAAGGAAAUCAGACUCAUUACUUCAUCAGCCACUUGGAAAUACGUGCCGGGUGAGCUAAAUCCUGCCGAUUUACCGUCACGCGGGUGUCAGGCAAAACAGCUGUUAGACUCGCGUUGGUGGGAGGGGCCUGAUUGGUUACGUCGCGAGGAAAUCGACUGGCCUUGUUUGAGAGAAGAAGUGAAUGAGGAUGAGGUUCGUGUUGAGGUGCGGAAGUCGGCUCAAAUUGCAUUACUAAAUGCAGAUGAUCAAAUAAAUUUUAGCAUUGUUGAUAAAUUUUCAUCCUAUAAUAAAAUGAUUCGAUUUUUCGCGAUAAUGUUAAAGUUUAAAAAUUAUAAAAUUAACGGCGAGCUCACAAACGGAAAAAAGUUGACGUUUAACGAGAUUUAUAAAACAGAAAAGCAAUUUUUGAAAGUCUUACAGAACGAUAUGUUUUGUCACGAAAAUAAAUAA